UGUGCCAUCCACCCCCACCACCCCCUCUGUGCAGGGACAUGCCUGCCCCUCACUUACUGGGCUAGUAUUAUGACUACAUUUCAGUGUGGGUGCCUGUAUGUGUUUGCAAGGGGCUAGAACUUGCAUCAUCAGCACUGGCACCAGCCUUGCAGGGCUUCUCAUUUGAUCAUCCUGUAAUUGCGUUUAAUUAUCCUGACGAAUGUGCAGAAAUUUGCAAUCAGCUGGAGAACCUCAGGAGCUCUGAUUCCCCCGGCUGCAGAGGAAAUACGGGAGGGUUCAGCACGAUGACUUGGCAUCCUGGGCUUUAGCGGCGUGGCAAGAUCAGGACAGGUGCUGCCCUGCUCGCGCUGUAUCCCAUUCCCUCUUUCCUCUGGGAGAUCUGUGCUGGCUUCCCUGCCCCUGGCCUUCCCUCCCUUCCUCCCAGUCACUGCGGAGGGGACGGGCCCGUUAUGGCCGGGGACAGACUCCCACGCAAAGUGAUGGAUGCUAAGAAGCUGGCCAGCCUCCUGAGGAACGGGGCCGAGGGCACCUUGGUCAUUGACAGCCGCUCCUUCGUGGAGUAUAACUCCUGGCACGUCCUCAGCUCUGUCAACAUCUGCUGCUCCAAGCUGGUCAAGAGGCGGCUUCAGCAGGACAAAGUCUGCAUCAUGGAGCUCAUCCAGCCAGUCUCCAAGAUGAAGGUGGAGGCGGAAGAGCACCAGGACGUGGUGGUCUAUGACCAGAGCACACGGGACGUGAGUGGCUUGGCUGCCGACAGUUUCCUCUCCAUCCUCCUGGGCAAGCUGGACAGCUGCUUCCACAACGUCUCCAUCCUCACAGGGGGCUUUGCCACCUUCUCGUCUUGCUUCCCAGGACUCUGCGAAGGGAAACCAGCUGCCAUCUUGCCAAUGAGCAUCUCCCAGCCGUGCUUGCCAGUGGCCAAUGUUGGCCCCACCCGCAUCCUGCCUCAUCUCUACCUGGGCUCCCAGAAAGAUGUCCUAAACAAGGACCUGAUGACUCAGAAUGGAAUAAGCUACGUCCUCAAUGCCAGCAACUCCUGCCCCAAGCCAGACUUCAUCUGUGACAGUCACUUCAUGCGCAUUCCUGUCAAUGACAACUACUGUGAGAAGCUGCUUCCCUGGCUGGACAAGUCCAUUGAGUUCAUCGACAAGGCCAAGGUAUCCAGCUGCCAAGUGAUCGUGCACUGCUUGGCAGGGAUCUCCCGAUCAGCCACCAUUGCCAUCGCCUACAUCAUGAAGACCAUGGGCAUGUCUUCAGACGACGCCUACAGGUUUGUCAAAGACCGGCGCCCAUCCAUAUCGCCCAACUUCAACUUCCUGGGCCAGCUCCUGGAGUACGAGAGGAGCCUGAAGCUCCUCAAGGCCUUGAAGGCCCAAGGUGAUAGGAGUGAGGGGGAUGCCCAGCCAGACCCGGCUGAAGCGCCUGAGAGCAACAGGCACCUGAAGCUUUCUACCUCAGAAAAGGCCGAGGACAUAUCGAAAAGCACAAGCUUGGCACCCUCCCGCAGUGAGCCAGCAGGCGCUCCCAAAAUUGUCUCACCCACAGCACUACAGCAAGGACUCAACGGCCUACACCUGUCCUCGGAGCGCAUCCAAGACACCAACCGCCUAAAGCGCUCCUUCUCCCUGGACAUCAAAUCAGCCUACUGCCCCGGCCUGAGGCAGGACACCCCAGGCCCCGCUGACACCGGGGAAGCCCCCAAACUUUGCAAGCUGGACAGCCCUUCUGGACCUAACGGCUUGUGCCAGUUCUCGCCUGUGCCGGAUAGUCCCGACUGGCCCAGUGGGCCGGACUUCCUGCUAGAAGCCAAGGUGAGGCAGAGGCGGAAACAUAGGCAUCAGGCGGGCUCCCCUGCCCACGGGAUGAGCCUCAAUUUCAGCGGGGUGUGUGCCAUGCACAAAAGCACCAGUGUGGAGGACAAUCUCAAGCAGACACUGCGGCUGAGCCUCCCUGGUGUGGGACAGCAGCCCACACAGCCAGCUGCGACACCAAACUCGGCCGGCGGAGGGGGGGUAGGCGCCUGGGGGGUGCAUUUGGAAUCACCCAGCACCCCGUCGUCGGAGAACCCCUGGUACUUUGGCACAGACUCAGCGGUGGGCAGCGGCAGCGGCGGAGGGAGCGGGGCCUUGUUUGCCAGUGCUGCCUCGUACUCCUCGUUCAGCUGCAGCACCCUGCAGGGCAGCUGCGAGAUCAGGUUGAGGGACAAGCAGAGGGUGGAGCAGAGGGACGGGCGGCACAGCUGGCACGAGGAUGCCGCCGCGGAGAAGCAGUUCAAGAGGAGGAGCUGCCAGAUGGAGUUCGAGGAGACCAUGUCAGAGGGCAGGUCCCGGGAAGACCUGGGCAAAAUAGGCAAACAGUCUAGCUUUUCGGGCAGCAUGGAGAUCAUUGAGGUGUCCUGACAUUCAUCCUGGGGCAUUGGAGAGUGAGGGGUGGAUAUUUAACUGGGAAGAGGCAAGGUGGGG